AAACGUGCAGUUCGAUAGUAAAUACUAUAGCAAGCGAUCAGUUUUCAAUGAGAAGUGCUACACAUUAGAGCUAAGUUAUCAAUCAUAAGUUAAGAUGCGAUUUUACUUGGCACCACUCGUUUUUGCCGCGUUGUCAAUCGGCAUCUAUGAUUGCAAACCCACUUCGGAGGAAUCCAACGAAUUAAACGCCUCCGAAGAACGGAAUGCCAUAGAGCAACUGAAGGAGCACUUCGAGGAUGCGUGCAUCCGGAAUAGCAGAUCGACGGUAACCUACGCCGAAGUUAUGGAGGCUGUCUCCGAAACGACCGCCUGUUUUGGCGCCAACGUAGAUUACGGAGAGUUCCUUGCUGACUGGCGAAGGCUGAACUCUGACACACGGGGGGUGUUCUUUGCCAAAUAUUGUCCAUUGAUUAAAAAUACCACGUCAGUAUGUCUGGAACCGGUGGAAGAGCUCAGCAAAUUGUGCAUGGAUCCGGGAGCUCAACGCGUCGAGGCUCCAGAUUUUCCACUGUACCUGUUGCCCAAGGUGGUGGACUUGGUUUGUCAGGGAAAUGGUGCUAUUCUGUUCGCCAACAGUGACAGUGACGAGCGACCAACGAGUUGUUUCGAAAACUACUUCAGCUACAUACAGCGGUGCAUGAAGAACUUCGUCAGUGAAACCGGUGCAAAAAGUCGUCAGGACUAUGGCGAGUUGGAGUGCAGAGUUUUGCAAAAGUCACGGGAAUGUGUGCAGAAAAAGCUGUCCGAUUGCGGCAACGCAGGGUUGAUUCAAGUGUUUGACGUGCCGUACCAAACAAUUGUACAGGAAACCAAGUGCCGACACUUCAUAUGAAUAUUCUCUAGAAGUAAUGUAUUUCAAGUCUGUAUUUAAUUCUAUUGAAUAAAUUUGUGAUGUUCUGAAUAA